AUGUCUGCCUUGUGUACCUCCGACAGCUUCACGUCGCUGUCGAGAGGCCGGAGCCAGCGAGCGGCAAAUUCUCGCUCCGCGUCGGGAUCGCAAAGUGGCCCGGAUGCCUCCCCGCCGGACUCGCACUUGGAUAUGUGGAGUUCUUUCCAGGAUCCGCCGCCAUCAGGGAGGACCAGAAGCGACCGGCCUGGUCCAUCUUCUGCCUCUCUGCAGCGCGUUGCAGGCCUUGUUUCUUCUCGCAGGGAUGGCGCUUCCCCGUUGUCUGGUCUUCGAGACUCGCACUUGGACGACUGGGUGUCGAUUCAGGUGCAUCCCACAGCCUCGCAAUGUGCUGGGUCUUCUCCUCGCCCUUCGCCGCCGCAGGCGUCUGCCGCCUGGCUCUUCAACCUUUCUUCUGACCCGAACGCCUCUGUGCCGUUGACGCAGUCCCGCUCUACAGGGGGUCGUGGAGAGGCUUUCCCUUCCCCAGCGGAUCAACUGGACGCAGGGUGGAGCGGGAACGCUCGGCUGUCUCGAGGAGCGGGGCCGCUCUUGCGGGCGUCUCUGCAGAACCUCGGCCUCCAGAGAGGAGCAGACGCCACACAUGCAGAGGCAGAAACGUUUUCUGCAGCCCUUCGCGGUUCCUCGAAAGCAUCGGUCGGCUCGCCUGUCCUUUCUUCUGGGGCCGGCGGUGUCGGGGAGGCGCUGGAAACGUGGAGGCGGGAACCUGCGGAAGCGCCUUCUCGUCGCGUGCGGAGCGCCGGAGACGUGCGGCUGCAUGCGCUGGAAGUCUCCGCACACGGGAGCGAGCCGGCGAGUGCCUCGGCUGACCGCCCAGGGACUCAAAGCAGCAGCCCCGGGGGCGCAGAAGCGAGAGCGCCGACGCAGGCUUUCACCUUUUUGGAGGUGGCGACUCCUGGCAGAGUGGACGGAACCAGCAGGGAGGAAGGUCACUUGAGUGUCGGGCGACGCGGCCAGGAGACGACGGAGGCGCUCCGCAUCGAGAUGCGGCCGAUUUUCGUGGAGCCGACAAGCGAAUCGAGGACAACGCCCUUGAGCCGAGACGCCUUCCACAGUUUCAACCCUCGGGCAGUUCCUAGGGACGCACAGAGAACGCUGGGUGCGCCCUAUCGAACUGGUGAGCUGUGUGGAAAACCAGUUGACCCUGACGUGUACGUACACUCGGCGGUGCCUCGGGACGAGGCGUCCCCGCUCCGACUGGACAGUUCCGGAACCGGUCGAAACUCCGCAGAGGAAAAAGUCGAAGAGAGGACCUAUCUUCUUGUCAGUUCCGGUCACGCGCCGGAGAGGAUCGUGUUGCUUCCCCGUCAACUGGAGGAACUUCGCGAAGAGCAGAAGGCGAUUCAGCGUCGCCAGGAGCUGCGGCGCGAGCAGCAGGCGCUGCAUGCGCUGAAGAUGCAGGAAAUUGAGCGACAGCAAAGGGAUCUGCAAGCUCUCAUGUCGCGCGUUCGUCUCGAGCAUGCGCCCCCGCCUGUGCGGCCAGCGUCUGCGUUCGAGCACAUCGGCGCGCCAAAGGGAGGGACAAGUGACGUUCCGGGCACUCCCCAUUCUCCCCAGACUCCGUGCGCGGUGUCGUGCGAGCGCAUCGAAACGGCACCAGAGGAAAGCGCAGGACACGCACGAUCCGCACACGCGGAAGAGAAGAGGCGUGUGGGCAGAAGGCCCCUUUGUGUUGACAGCGACGCAGUGCAUGCGCAGACAUCCAGGGAGGUUCUGUCGUUGUCUGUCGCGGAAGUUCGGAGCGUCGAGUGCGAGAGCUUGCCUCGCGUAGAGGUGUGGACGCCGUGGGCGUUUCAAGGCAGGAGCACAGAAAACAGCCGAAGCGGGAUCUGGCCAAGCGCACAGGCAGACGGAGUUGCGAAGAGAGCGAUCUCAGUGCCGGGAGCAGGAGAACUGCGUUAUCGGAAACGCGGCCAGCAUUCGAGUCAAAUCGUCUCGCCCGCUGCGCUGCUGCGGAGUCUCUCGCUGUCCGUGCGACCAGACAGGCAAGAGGCAGAGACGGGGAACGCAGCGCGCGUCCGAGGAGGCGUUGUGGACGAAGGCGACGCGUUUUCGCGGAAGAGCGCGGCAGCUGGCGGCAGGGAGGUCGAGAGGACAGACGGACCAACCAGAAACAGCAGCCCGCGCGUCUGUGCGGUCUGUGAGCAGGCCAUGCAGCUUCUUUCGGGAAAAGAUCGACAGCUCCUGACAGCGUGCGAAAAUCGGGGAAGAGCGACACAACCCGAGGGAGACGCCUCACAGAGGGACGCACAACCUGCCGGGCGUCCCGUUGAUGAAGGGUGCGUGCCGGCGAGUAACGCCUGCGUCCGCGGGCUUUCCAACCCUCAUUCUUCUCCCUGCCCUCCGUCUCGAGUCGCCCCACUGCUCCCGAGUCCCCGACCCGCGUCGCCACCGCCUCGCGGACCACGCCUGGCGUUUGCCGCUGCGGGCUGCGGGUCUGCGCCGUCGACCGGAGAGGUCCGCGAGGCGCGGCUGACGUGCGAGGUUUUGAAGGAUGCGCGACUCCGGACUGGAGGAAGGGAGAAGCCGGCGACGCGGGUCGGAGAAGCCAGGAAGGAUUCGAGGGCCUUCGAAAGCACCUCGAGAUUGGGGCGCAGUUCACAGGGCCCCGUCGCUGCCUUGAGUCAAUCCGUGGGCCUCGACUCGAGUCUCGGACCCGACCCGCCACUGAGUUUUCGGCCUUUGCAGUCGUCGGCUGCGUCGCUGUCUUCUUCGUUUGCCGUGCCGGGCCGCGGCCGCCCCGUCUCGGGAACUGACUCUCGCGGGUCGGAGUCGAGAGCAGCUGCUGAGCGCGCAGCUCUGGCCGGCCUGACAGCGCACCUUCUGUCGUCUUGGUCGACGCAAGCGCCGUCGUCGGCGAGCCUCCUCUCCUCUCUCUCCCCCUUUGCGCUCUCGCUGCUGUCUUCUCUCCGCGCUCCCCCUGCUCGCCUCUCCGGCCUGAUGCAACUCCUCCUCGCGCAGCCCAGCGCGUCGGAGACCGAGACGGAAGGCAGUGCCUCGUGCAGCAGGCGAGACAAAGUCGGCGCCUCGCGCCCUGCGCCGCCAGAGAAAAAGGCCAAGCCAGCUGGACUCGAAGGGGCUCCGGGCCGAUCGCGCGAGGAGGCUGCGGCCGCGUCUCUGCUUCAGUCUUUGAGUGGGCUCUUCCCGUCUCUGUCUGGGACGCCGCGCCGCAUAUCUGAGGCGAAGGAGCGCAAAAGUGCACGGGAAACCUUGCCUUUCCGCGGAGAGAAAAGACAGGACUCGGCGAAGGACAAAAGACCCCGACUCGAACGGAGCGGAGAGUCGAGCUGGGAGACAGAGAGCCUGUGCAGAGAGGACGCGAAAGGCUGGGAAAGGUUUUUCGAUGGCCCCCUCACCCUCUCUACCCUAGACGCGUCGUCUCCGGCGCAGACGUCAAAGCAGUCGGGACAGGAAAGCAAGGCCGGUUUGCUGCCGUCUUUUGACGCCAAGCGAGACAGGCAGGAGCCGAGGAGACGACCGAGGUCUGCGGAGCGACGACCGAAGAAGCCUAGAGAGGGCGAGGAACCCGCGAAGCGCGACACGCGCGGGGAUGGGCUCUUCUCGCCGCGCGCGUCGGCGCUCACAGACCAGCCAAGUGAGGCGGGAAAAGCCGCGUGCGGGGUGUCCAGACAGCUGCUCGAGGUACUCGUCGAGCGCGUGAAGCAGACGACCGCAACGCAUCGUUCGUCGCGAAAAGACCUCGCAUGUCCGCGAGAGCAGGGUGAAACUGACGAGGCCACACGAACGACCGAGUCUCGCCCGCCGGAAAGUGACUCCCUGGCCGAGCUUCUGCCCCUGCUGCUGCUUCUCGGCCACGAAGCGCUGCGGACGGCGACGCACGGGAGAGGUCGAGAAGAGAAGGCGCGAAGCGCGAGAGAGCGGAGGGACUCGGCACAGAGCGAGGCCGCCGAGCAUCUGCGAGGGCGCGGUCGAGGCCGAGGAACGCGGCCAGAAGGGAGCCGAGAAAACUCUCGAGAUGGGAUGGCCGAAAAGCGCCGAGGGAGCUCCCAUGGCAAUCGGGAGGAGAGCGUUCCUGUGGUGGGCGCAGGGGAACGCGCUUCGAGUCCCGGGCGGGGGAAGCGAAGAGAUGGAAAGCGCAUCGGGCUAGCGGGUCCCCGAGGUUUGGAGAGGGAGCGAAGACGCGAACAGAGGAAGAAGAGCGAAGGAGCAAAGGAGACCAGUGCUGUCCUAGCAAGCGAGAGCCGCACCGGUUUCCAGGACGACCUUGAUUUUCGCCAAGCCGCGCAUCGAGGCGGAAGGUACAGCGACGGGAAGCCGUUCCACCGGGAGGGGUCUGGCGAGAAGACCGAGGAUGCUGAGGUGUCUUUGCACCGGGAAAGGCCGGACGGCGAGCGACGCAGGCGAGACUCCAGUCGAACUCGUGGAGGGAGCCUCGGCGCGGGAGUUGGGACUUUCUUAGGGGCCAAAGAGGAGCGCCGGCGCUCGCGAGUUGUGGGCGAGAGCGACGUUCGCGUGCGUGACCGUUCCGCCGCGGAAAAUGUGAAAAGGUGGAAAGAGACGAAGCUGAGAGGUGACAGGGACUUCCCAGGAGACAUGGCUUCUCGGUCGAACAGCCCAAAGUUCGGUGGGAGCUCAUGCGUUCGAGGGCAGUUGCGAGAGUCGCCGACGGACCGCCUUGUUUGCCUUGCUCCGCCGCCCGGGGACGUUUUCGAGGGCCUCCCGCGAUCCACCGCGGAGGAAAGUGCGUUGAAAGAAGGCUGCUCACGAUGCCAAGUGGAGGAGAGGAAGGCGUUUCGGCGAACGCGAGACCGAGAGUCAACCGGAAGAACGCAGGCGGCAGGCGGCUCCAAGGGCCUUGGCCGGAGCCGCGGGCUCUGCACGUGGGAAGCAGAUAUCGUAGGCUCGCAAGACUCCGCGUUGAUUCCUUUGGCGAAGGCCGGAGAUUCUUGGGGAGUCGAGGAAGAGCACGACGGCGACGACAGGCGUGGAACGCGGCCGAAGCCCAGCACGGUCCAUUUGGCAGGCAAGAGCAAGGACAAGAAAGGCGAGAGAAAGCGGGCUGAGAUCUCGCCGGUCGCCUGGAAGUCUCUGGAGUGGCAGGAGCGAAGUGCCGAGUCGGAGAACGGACCGAUUGAGGACCGGACAACGGCGUCGGAUGCGUCCCGUUCAUCCCAGACUCAGUCCUCCAGCCGACUCCAGGAGUGGGCUGUGGAGGUGGACCCGCGCAGCCACAGUGUCGAAAAAGGAUCGCGCGUGUCGAGGAGCGGGCGGUCCCCGUCGGAUGUGUCUCUCGGUCGUCGGAGCCGUCCCCGGCGAGUCGAGGGCACCGCGGCGAGGAGAUCGAAAGAAUCGGAGAGAACAUCUUUUUCUCCCUCGAAAGAGAAAAGCGAGAGGAGUGGGCCCGGGGCUGGGAAGAUCGGGCGGGACGCCUCAGCAGGCUCGCCGGGGAGACGCUCGGAACGCAAGAAAAAGGGAGAUCGUGCAAAGAAGGAAGAAGACGAGAGGGUUCUGCUGGCGCUUCUGGACUCCAUCCAACUCUUCGUCGACGCCGAGGCUGCGAAACGCGCGAAAAAGAAGGCGCGGGGCGGGCGGUCCUCGGGGGACUGCACAGGCCUGCGGUGUGAGCGGAAAGGAAGAGAAGGAAGAAGAGAGCAGUCGGGAGAUUUGGGAGGCGCAGGAGGGGCCGAGGCGGCGCCUGCGCGGUCACAAAGGAGCGGAGCGAAGGUGGCGUCGCCGCGUCCUGGCGGAAGCGCGUCCACUUCGUUUUUCGAAAAGAGAGGAAUGUCUCGCUCGGAUCACAAGACAGAGGGAGCGGAAGACGCAGAGAAACCCGAGCGUGCAGAGGUGGGGCGGCUGAAAUCCGCCGAUUUGUUUUCCGUUGGCCAGGCGCGAGGGAGUGACCGGGUCGACGCUGCUUUCAAACACGACUCUUUCCUGCAAGACGCGUUCUUCGCCAGUGGAGGGAAGCGAAGGCCGCUCGUGAUUGAGAGCUGCGAGGCGCCGGCGUGGGAGAAAAAGGCGCUGCGCCCGACGCAAGAAGACUGGACAGAGAGCGAACGCAAUGUUGAAGAGUUUUUGCAGGUGCACGCGCGGCGGUCUCCAGAGCGCCCAGACUUUUUUCCGGACAAGGGACGCGACGGCGUGGGAGAACGCCCUCGGCUCUUUCCUGAGAGUUCCCGCCUCGCAUUUUCGUGGAAGGAAGACGAAGCAGCGUGGCGAGUGCGGCGCGCGCAGGAGGAACCUUUUCUGCUGGGCGGGAAGCAGGCGCCGUCGAAACUCGGGAGCGGGGCACCGAGAGGAAACCUCGGGCCUUCGUCUCACAGAGCUGGAGAUGCGGGAAGCGCGGAGGGAUCUUGUGAGGUUUCAUGUCGAGGAGUCGCGCGAGGAACGGGGACGGGGCCGAGGGACAGAGGCGAGAGGAAGGGCCAUCGAGUAGGCCAGCGACUCGACGAGGCUCGCGGGCGCAACGCGCUUUUGUGGACAGAAACGGUUCUCGGUUUCGGCGGAGAAGCCGUCUUUCAAGAGAGCGAUGGCAAGAGCCUCACGCGUCGCAAGAGCAGCGCCGGAGGCCUCUCAGAGUAUUUCACUCCUCUCUCGGCCUCGGCCGCUUCGUUCGCUCCAGGAGUCGGACAGUCCAAACACGGCGAGCUUCGAACCGCGAAACCGCCCACGGGCGAGGACAAGCGUUCGCGGGCAGCCUCCUCGGGCGCGCGCGACGUCGCCUCGUUGCCUGACAGCACCUCCGAUGGAAGGACGAGCAACGAAGGGAAGGGAAAGAAGAGACAAGACCUAUCCCCUGGAAGUGUGCCUCCCCCCCACUCGAGCGGCAACCCUUCAACACAAGUGAUGCCGACAGCCGCGAGUCUUGAGCAGAUCCAGUCGGAUGCUCAGGCUCUCCAGAGGUGUCUGUCCUAUCUCCGCCGGCUGCAGGGGGCGUCCAGGAAGUGCUUGACUCGCGCUUCGCAGAAGAGCUCGACAGAGUCGAGCAGUGAAGAAUCUGCGGCGGCUUCCGCGACAGGAGCCCGAACAAGGAGAACGGCCGCGACCGGAAGGGGUGGUGCGGGCUCUCGAAGAUCCGAAGAUGCCGCAUACGAGACAGGCAGAAAGGCGCGGUUGGGCGCGGAGACCAAAAAGCGUCGAGGGCCUCCGGCGGCUGCAGCGAGGAGAAAGACUUCAAUAGGUCGCCUGCAGGACUUUGCGGCGGGUCUUCCGGCGGAGACAGACUGUCCCUCAGAAAACUCUCGGGAUGACGCUGAGCUUGCAGAGCGGCUGUCGUCUUCCAGCGCGUCUUUCCCAUACAUUGGACUGCAGUCUUGGGCGCAGACGGACGUUGCUGAGUAG